AUGCCCGGCCACCUGAGGACGCCGGCGCAGCUGCUGCUGCUGCUGGGGGUGGCGGCGCUCCUGCUCCUGCUGCCGCCGUUGCUCCCGCCGCUGCCACCGCCGCCGGCGGUGCUGCUCCUCCUUCCCGUCGCCAUGUUGCUCCUCGUCCUCAGCCUCGCCUUUAUCCCCUCCGGCGACGGUAACCUCGCCAGCCCCGGCGCCUGA